ACGGAGGCUCCAACACCAAAAUGGGCGUGCAAUCUAAAACCCAGAUUCCCAGGGUCAAGUUAGGAUCACAGGGUUUAGAGGUAUCCAAACUAGGAUUUGGUUGUUUGGGUCUCACUGGUAACUACAACUCUCCGCUCUCAGAAGAAGAAGGUACCUCCAUUAUCAAGCAGGCAUUCUCUAAGGGGAUAACUUUCUUCGAUACUUCGGACAUGUAUGGACCUUAUACUAGUGAGAUGCUACUUAGACAGGCUUUGAAGGACUUGCCGCGAGAAAAGAUUCAACUGGCAACAAAAUUUGGAGUCGAAAAAGUUGACAGAGGUGGCAUUGUGGUGAAUGGAAAGCCUGAGUAUGUCAGGGCUUGCUGUGAAGCGAGUCUGAAGCGUCUGGGAGUGGACUACGUUGAUCUUUACUAUCAACAUCGAAUCGAUCAGAGGACACCAAUAGAAGAAACUAUUAGGGAACUUAAGAAGCUAGUGGAAGAGGGGAAGGUGAAGUACAUUGGGCUAUCAGAGGCCAGCCCAGAUACAAUUAGGAGAGCGCAUGCUGUGCAUCCGAUAACUGCAGUUCAAAUGGAAUGGUCUCUUUGGACUCGUGAUAUCGAGACGGAGCUUAUUCCUCUUUGCAGAGAACUUGGAAUUGGCAUAGUUCCUUACGCUCCCCUUGGCCGUGGAUUUUUCGGCGGCAAAGCAGUUACGGAGAGCUUGCCUGCGAAUUCUGUAUUGGUUGCACAUCCAAGGUACAGUGGGGAGAACUUGGAGAAAAACAAGAGUCUUUAUAGGAGAAUACAGAAGCUGGCUAACAAGCAUAAUUGUACUGUUGCUCAACUAGCUCUAGCUUGGGUUGUUCAUCAAGGGGAUGAUGUGGUCCCUAUACCAGGGACAACCAAGAUCAGGAACCUGGACCAAAAUAUUGGCUCCUUGGACUUGAGGCUCACCAAGGAGGAGUUGAAAGAAAUUGAAAGAGCAGUGUCCCCCAAAGAAGUGGCUGGUCCAAGAUCCUAUGCAUUCAGUUCAUUCUACAACUGGGAAUAUGCAAAUACCCCUGUUUUUAGCAGUAAAGCCUAGAUUUAGGAUUACUUCCCGUAUUAAUUGCUUUGGUUCCAAUUGCCAAUUACUAAUGCUAUUUAUACACCAUUAUCUCUUGUAUUGAAAGGUAUGGAGAGUGCAAUCUGGGUGUAUGCAUAUAAAAUUCCUAUGCAUUAUAAUUACUGUGAAAUAAAGAGAGGUGUG